UCGUGGUGGGCUGGGUGUGGUGAAAGUCCCCGUCGGUCGGUCGCGGAUCCUUGUAGCGAAGUCACGUCUCUUCCAGAUGCUAUGUCAGUCACUGGAAGUGGUCGUAACCCCAUAUCGGCUAUGUGACCUCUAAUCGAGAAUGUCGUCGGACAGGCAGGAGAGCGAGCAGGGCUCGGUGACCUCCGAGUUUAGACGGAUGAUUGACGACGAGGUGCGUCAGAUCGAGCAGCACAGCGGACACCAGGCCGAGCAGCUUAAGUCGAGUCUGUACGAGAAAUGGGUGUCGGAGCUGCUGGACACGAUCGCCAUCAUGAGCAAGCACACGCUCGAGCUAGAAAAAGUGGCCACUGCAUCCGUCUCCAAACUGGAGGACAAACUGCUCGAGUCCACCGAGACGACGCACAACUUCAUGCAGCAAAACCACAACCGCUUCACCAGCACGAAAUUGCACGCCGAUUCCGGAAUAGGAAAUAGCGUUUCAAACCAGCAGACGGAGGAUUUGGGUACGGGGAUCCGAGAGCCUCUGAUUAAAAGGUUGCAGGAGAGCAGUGACUUUGCCAAGACUUAUCUCCUCAGGUGCAAUGAGCUGGAAAAGAAAAUUGAAAUUCUCGAGGCAAGCAAUCAAGGUUUGAGGCACAAGCUGCUGGAAAAAGAGGAGGCUGUUAGACCAAAUCUAUCUGAGAAUUUGGAGAAAUCGAGGCUGCAGUCGGAGCUUGAUGCUAGGGUUCGAGACUUGGCUCAAGAGACUAGUCUAAGGAAAAGGCUGGAAAAGCGCGUGUGCAAGCAGUCGGAGGAAAUAAAAGCUCUGACGCAGGAGGUGGCAGCCAAGCAUGACCAGGUGCUGCAGCAGGAGCAGCGGACAAGAGAGGUGCAGCAGCAGAUGGAGAAGAUGCACGCCCAAAACAACUACCAAAACUUGUUGAUUGAGUCCCUGCGCAAAGAGGUCAAGAAACUGAAGCUUGCCACCAACUCUAAAAACUCUUCCUACGCGACGCCCAGCAUUCUGUCAGCAAGAGAAUGUGACGAGGUUGGAAACAAAGGAGGAGAACCUAUGAAAAUUGUGGUGGAGCACCAAAUUGCACCGUCGCCACAUGCAGGUGAUCAUGCCGAGCAGACCAGUAUGAAUAAUGAACAGGAAUUGUUGAGGCUGCAAAGGCGCCUCGAGGAAAUGGAGACCAAGGUGAAAGAAAACGAAGAGCUCAUAAUGACACUGCAAGCUGCGGCUGGACCAAGUCGAUCUCAAACUUUGGCUCUCAUUCACAAGAUGUCUUCAGACCAACUUAAACUCACCCUCUUUAACAAAGAAAAAGAGAUUUUGGAGCAACGCACACUUAUUGGUCAGCUGCAGGAGGCGCUGGUCAGCUCCAAAAAUAAGCUCGACGAUCUGCACAAGAGUGGCGAUCACGCAGAUUCAUUGUGUCCACGCGAGUAUUUUCAUUGUGGUCAUCAUCAUCACCAUGUACAUACAGAGAGACCAUUGUCUAAAGGAUUGCUGAAGGAAAUGAAGUUUUCCCUGGACCUGACCAACGAGCUGUCCAGUCAGUUGAGCGAAGCGAGGCGCCAACUGCGCUUCUACGAGCAGCACAACCGCGACCUUUCAUUGGAGGUGAUGCGCGUCAGGAACGACAAGACGGAGUCCGAGUUGCAACUUGAAAAGAUCGUGAAGGAAAAGGGCGCAGAUUUGGCCGCCAAGGAGGCGCAGAUUCAAAGUCUGCAGGCGCAGGUCGGCAGCCAGGUUGACCACUCGACCUGCGCCCAGCAAAUAGCAACGCUGCAGCAUUGCGUGGAAGAGGGUGCCAAAAUGUUAAGGGAGAAAAAUGAGCAGAUCGCUGAGCUGCGGACGAAACUUGACGAAAUGUGCGAAGAAGCUGAGGAGCAGCUCAGGGUGGUGUCGCGGAGGGAUGCGGCCCUGGCCAAGCUGCAAGGGUCACUGAGAAACGUCUGCAGGGACAGGGAAGAACUGCAGAUGCAGAUUGAGAGUUUGAAAGACGAGGGCCGGCAGGAGGCUAGUUUUCCAAAUGAGGAAUACAAAGAGCAAAUCAAACGAGCCGAGGACGAGUUGAGCUUGUGGAAGGAACGGUACAAAAUAAUCAGUACGAAUCUAGAGCAAAAAGAGAAAAUGAUUGAGGAAAUGAGGCGCAGGCAUGAGGUGGAAACUAGUCAGGCUAUGGCGCAGACCGUGAGUGUAGAAAAAAUGGUCAAAAUUGAAGCGGAGGUGGAGGAUCUCAAGGAUAAAUUAGCCACGGCGAAGACAGAGUUGUCUGAAAUGAGGGCGAGGUGCGAAAUGAAGGUGGCCGAAGUGGAGAAGUGCAGGAGGCGGCUGGACCUGGAGGCGGAGAAAGGUCGGAGGGACAAGGACGAGGCCCAAAAAUUCGCAGUCCAAAUUGAGGAGCAGACUAAAAAGGUUCAAGAACUAAAGAAGGAUAUGGAUUAUCAACAAAAUUCGUUCAAAAGCCGCGAGGACGAGAUGAAAAGGCUCCUGCGGCUGAGCUGCGAAAACGUGCAGCACCUGCAGGAGCUGAACGUGGAGCUCAAUGUAAAAGCGGAGGCCGCCGAGCGGCUGGAGCAGCGCGUUCUGCAGUUGGAAGCGGCCACCAAGGAGGCGCAACUCGCAUUGGAGGUGGCUCAGGAGGAGGUGGAACGGCUUCACAGGCACCUGGAGGUGGCGGAGCGCGAAGCCAACGAGGGUAAAGAGCAACUCGGACGCUUCGAGACUGAACUGAUGCUUAGCACCGAGAGGGUGGUGCAGUUGCAAGGGUUGCUCGCUCAGGCACAGCAGGAGCGACAGCGGGCGGCCGACGAUGCGGCCAACCUCAGGGCUCAGCUUGGCGCCCAGGCCCUCGCUAACCAGGCUCAGCAAGCCGAACUGACGACCCAGCUGCAGAGCGCCCAGCUUGAGAAGCAACACCUUGAGAGGAGCCAAAAACAACUCGAGGAUAUGUGCAAAACUCUUUCUUCACAGCUCGGUGGGCAGAAGAGCGAGAGAGAAAAAUAUGUACGCGGGCUGAAGCAGGCGGCGGCUGAAAGGUCGCAAAUGUGCCAAGAAGCGCGUCAAGUUCUGGCGGUGGCCAGGGAGUGGCUGGCCGAGCACCGAGCCAGCGCCAUGGAACUCCAUCAGCUGCGCACCGAAAGAGAGCGGCUGCUCAAAGAGAACAAUGCCCUGCGACACCGUUCCAGAGCGUCGACCUCGAUGCUCAACCCCUGGGACUGUGGCCUCGUCGACAGGGAAGAGUCUGGAUUUUGGAGCUCCCACUGGACGACGCAGUUGGACGAGGUGGAUCAAGAAAUCGAGACUUUCAGGCGGAGGACCGAAAGUUGGGGCGAAGAGGAGGAGGACGAGGUGGACGGCGCAGAAGGCAGGGGCGACAAUGGAUACCAGUCGGGAUACCAAUCCGGAUCCAGCAAAUAAAAAUCUAUUUGUACAAAGGCCAUUAAUUUUAUAGAAUUAACCGACUGAUUUAAAUUACUUUUCAUUGGACUAAUUUUCUAAAAACUGUAAAAAUAUGAGUUUUUCCUAUAGUUUUAAAUAAAACUUCAUCCUUUACU